AUGGCAGAUAUCCAUGGUGUGGUGGAUCUGCAUUUCGGGGAAGGCUUCGAGGGAUGUAUCACACAAGGCUGUGAUGCGGAAUCCCUGCCGCUGGCAAAGCAGCUAGCUCUGAGCCACCCCCUGGUUUUCGUGUCCUUCGGUUGCCACCCGAAGUCGGCCUGGUUCUACAACGACGAGUUCGAGGCCACACUGAUGUCAUACAUCAAAUCCUGUGGAAAUAAAGUGGUUGGCUUCGGCGAAUUUGGGUUGGAUUUCUCGCAUCCAUACUAUGGCCCGGAUGAGCAAAAUCGACAGACGCAGCGUGAAGUUUUUGCAAGACAGCUGCAGCUGGCAGUGAAGCUUUCUAUGCCCUUGGUCAUUCACAGCCGCGACGCUGACCAAGACACGUUGGAACUGAUGCGAGCACGUGUUCCGAACACUCACAAGGUUCACAUUCAUUCGCAUCGUGGGACUCUGUCAUUUAUGAAGCAGAUGCUUGAAGAGUGGAGUCAUGCGUACAUCGGCAUGCCAGGUAUCUUGACAAUGGAUGAGGACGAACACGCGCAGGAGCUUGUUCGGCAAUGCCCACUGGAGCGAAUGCUGGUUGAGACGGACGCACCGUACCUGCCUAUCAAAGGCCACUGGCUGAGUCAUCCUGGCCUUAUUCCGGAAGUAGUAGCCAAAGUCGCUGAGCUCAAAGGUUUGGAUCUUCGAAAGGUUGCGACCGCCUUGCGUGAGAACGCCCAUGCCCUCUAUGGCAUUUGA